AUGGACAACAAAAAUUGGAUGGUCAAUGAAACUGAACAGUCCAAUUUCAUCCUGGUGGGAAUUUUCAGUCAGUCAAAAUACCCAACUCUCCUCUGUGUGAUCAUUUUUAUGGUUUUCUUGUUGGUAUUGUCUGGAAACUCUAUGUUGAUAUUUCUGAUAUACUCUGUUGCUCACCUCCACACCCCUAUGUACUUUUUCAUCAGCCAGUUGUCUCUUAUGGACGUGAUGUACAUUUCCAUCACUGUGCCCAAGAUGCUUAUGGACCAGGUGAUGGGUGUGAAUAAGAUCUCACCUCUCGAAUGUGGGAUGCAAAUGUUUUUCUAUGUGACACUAGGAGGUUCAGAAUGUUUCCUUCUAGCCUCCAUGGCCUAUGACCGCUAUAUGGCCAUCUGCCAGCCUCUUCAUUAUCCUCUCCUCAUGAAUCAUAGGGUUUGUCUCCUACUGGCAUCAGGCUGCUGGUUCCUGGGAUUUUUGGAUGGAUUCAUGCUCACAUCUGUCACCAUGACCUUUCCCUUCUGUAGAUCUCGGGAGAUCCAUCAUUUCUUCUGUGAAGUCCCUGCCGUAGUUAAGCUUUCCUGCUCAGACACAUCCCUCUAUGAGACACUCAUGUACCUGUGUUGUGUCCUCAUGCUCCUCUUCCCGGUGACAGUCAUUUCAAGCUCCUAUGUUUUCAUCCUCCUCACCAUCAACAGGAUGAACUCAGCAAAGACCCAGAAGAAGACUUUUGCUACUUGCUCCUCCCAUAUGACUGUUGUCAUCCUCUUUUAUGGGGCUGGAGUCUACAACUACAUGCUUCCCAGAUUUUACCACACCCCUGAAAAGGACAUAAUGGUAUCUGUUUUUUAUACCAUACUCACUCCACUGCUAAACCCCUUAAUCUAUAGUCUGAGGAAUAAAGAUAUCACAGGGGCAUUAAAGAAAAAUAUUGAGUGUGGGAACUGUCUUUCAAGAAAAUAG